AAAUUCCCUGAAAAAAACUCGCCGCUGCGCUGAGUUGCCGCGAUACGUCUUUCAGUGUAAGACUGUCAUUCGUGGGGUGGGACGUGCGUCGCGGCGUAAUGAUCCCCAAAACGCCCGAUAAAUUAAGUUCGCUGCAGUUUUCGAAGUUUCUGCCGGAGUACCUGGAAUAUGCCGAGCGCAUCCGCAAGACCCUGUACUAUGGGCGGCUUCCAUCCACAGACCGCCCAUCACUCCCCUUCACAAGCAUGUCAGUGGAGAGGUUCAGUGAACUGUGCCGGCAAGAUGGCCUAGAGAAGCUGGACACUCGGUAUGCCUCCUCAGUGUGUUACGACGCCUGCGUUACCCCAUGCUCCCUCAUCGUGGCCCUACUCUACCUCGACCGCCUCCGCACCCACAAUCCUGAGUACCUGGCCAACACCUCCCCCUCACAGGUGUUCCUGGUGGCCACGAUGGUUGCCAGCAAGUACCUGUAUGAUGAUGGGGAGGAGGACGAGGUGUUCAAUGAUGAGUGGGCCACCUCUGCCGCCCUGUCCCUUGCUGACCUGAACCAGGCUGAACGCGAGUUCCUUAUUGCCAUUGACUGGAAUCUCUUCGUUGAUUCUGAUGCCUUCCUCUGUGCAUUUGAACGUGUGGAGGCCGAGGUGUCAUGGCGUGAGGGGGUGAAGAGAGGCUACUUCACCUACACAGAUCUGAUCUCCCUCACACUGACUCUGCCAUCCUCCUGCUCCAACAUCUUGAACCUGGUGAACCAUGUGUUAGCUGUUUGCAUCGUUGGGUACACGGCAGCCAUUGUGAGUGUGGUCGCAGGCACCAUUUUGGCCCAGGAGUGCAGCCAUCAGAUUAGUUCCAUGAUGCAGCACUUCACCUCCAUUGGCACCACUGUCUCAUUGCCCAACAGCACUCUUGCCCCGUGCCUCGAGGAACCUCUCACCCAGACACCACCAGAGGCUCUCCAGAAUAUCAUUACUGACUCCCUCCAUUCAUUGACAGACACGAAUGAGAGCAUUGUACAGGACUCUGAAGACAGUAUUGUGAACCUUACUGGCAUGCCUUCACGAGCCCUUACUACACUCACCACCUCCAUCCUUUUGGCCAUGUCAUCCCCGAGCAGCAACCCUCAGCCACGCCACCUCAUGAAGGGGCGCUCACUUCACCCAUAUCGUCCUGGCCGGGGCAAACAGGAUAGACAUUCCAUGGAGCCAGAAAAUGAGGAAGAGACAGAGAUAGAGUGUGACCCUGCGGAUGUACACCUGACCUUCACUACCGGACCCUACUGGCCUCCCUCAAGCUAUGCUCGUAGAUCAGGUCACGCCAUGAGUCACUUCGCUUUGGACCCACCCACCUUUGACUUAGGACUGAGAGAUGAUGACCGUGUCAGUGGCCAAAAGCAGGACUGGGUUUACUCAAACCCAUGGGUCAUUCCUUGGUUGUCUUGGCAUGGUGCCCCAGUUUACAGCAUGAUACAAAACUUUUCUGGUAUCGGAGCACCUAACCUGCAAAGCUUUAAAAUGAAUGAGAUCACCUGGGUUGACCGGCUCACCUGGAUGUCUGCCUUGCUCUUGGACCUGGUAACUGACACGCCCACUGUUCCUCCCAGCCUGGCCCUGACCCAGACACCCAUGCUCCCUGAUGCCACUGCUGCUGCCACAGCUACAAUGGCUCAGUCUGGUCCAGAACCUGUGCCUUGGGUAAUGUAAGGUUCAAAGUUAAUAUAUGGGUGCCAAUACCUUGAUGAUGGAAAUGGAUAGUAUUGAUCAGGAUUUCUGGAAAACGUUCUGUUAACCACCUAACAAUCUCCCUGUAAGUAGCACAAAGACUUUGAUCUUUGUGGACAUAUUCAACAGCUUUCUAUGGGAAGGGUGAUGCAUACUAUGUCAUACAGCAAUUAUAUCACCAUGAAAGGAUCAGUUUUAUCCAUAGUACUCUAACCUGAGCUGACAGUCCACUGCUUUCAGGCCUAUCAUGAACAAAGUUGCUUUAAUUGUGAUUGCAUUUAGCCCUACUCCAGGUGGUUCUGAAUAGAGAGCCUCCCCUUGAGGUGUACUCUGAUGAUUCAGUGAAGUGUUUUAAUCCACUGAUAGAUUUUAGCAUACAAUGUAAGGCAGGUACAUGAGUUUUUUAACCUUUUGAGUCAUCUAGCCAUCCUUAUUUUGAACAUUGGAUGAAUAUGUGACUUUAAUUAAUGAAAAGUGGAAUGCCCAAGAAAUCAUGUUAUAAUAAGCCAAUAGAUAGUUUUCUGUGACCACCCUGAUGGAAUUACAGAUGCAGACAUCAAAGUAUGGUUUCAAGUGUUCCAAAAAUGAACAUUAAGUUGACCACAUGAACUUCCCUUAAAGCUGGAGAUUGUCAAGUUGUGAUAUGCAAGUGUGAUAAGAAUGAAAAAGUAUUAUACAUGUGGAAAAAACUGUGUUAUAAAAUAAAACAGAUGGAAAAAUUGCAAGGUGAUGGCUGGUUGCUUUUCCAGGCUGUUGCAUUCUGGCACUCAUGUCUGUCCUGCCAAAAUUGCCAAGGUGAGUGAUCCUGCUACUCAUCCUGUCAGGAAGUUCAAUCAUUUAGAAUAUAAUAAGGUUCCAAACAUUAUUAUUGAUUCUUUUAAUGGUACUGUUUCAACAUGUAUUUUGAAUGUAAAAGAUAUUUACAUUUACAAAUACCCAUAACUUGUUAACUCAAAAGUUUCCAAUAAACUAAUCUGUAGUUAC